GAAGGCGGGCGGUUGGUCCGGGAGGUCCGGGAGGUCCGGACCGUGGUCCGCGCGGACGGCCUGAGGCUGCGGCGUGGGGCGUGGGGAGGGAGGCUUCGGGUUCGCUCGGGGCCCGCUCAGGCCGCCCCUCCUCCCCCGCCACCGCGGCGGGGGCCGAGUCGACACCGAAUGGGGGCGCCUCUGGAGGGCCCCGAGCGAACGCGCAGGAAGUGCGGCGUUUUGGGGGGAAGCCGCGCUCGCCGCGGGGUCUCCGUCCUCGUAGGCGCCGAGGCGGCUCGACCGCUUCUCGGAGGCUCUCCUGGAACAAAGCAGCUUCACGGAGGCAGGAAGGACCGGUCCGCAGGCGCAGGAAUCCCGCCGGGAAGAACGCAUCAGAGCCCGUCGGAGCCUCAGAAGAGAAAGACGGAAGAAACGCGGAAAAGAAGCAAGGGGGGGCAGGGCUCCAGGGAUUUCACCGUAUUCAGAUGCUGUACGCCUUCCCAGGUUUUGAUGCUCUUCCGAGUACAACGGAAAAUGAACAAAUCCCAGAAAUGCGCUGGUCUGGGAUCCAUGUCGUUCAAGGACGUGACUGUGGACUUUACCUGGGAUGAGUGGCUACAACUGACAGGCACACAGAGGACGCUGUACCGGGACGUGAUGCUGGAGAACUACAGCCACCUGGUCUCAGUGGGGUGUCGCCUCACCAAACCGGAGGUGAUCUUCAAGUUGGAGCAAGGAGAAGAGCUGUGGCCAUCAAGGGGAGAAUCCCCAGAUCAGGGUGAUCAAGACAGAAGCCAGGAAAACCAAGAUAAAUGUUUGUGGCGAGUUUCACUCAUUAACAAAAAAUCUCUGACUAAGAAGAGAGAUAAUGUUUGCAGAAAAACACCCUGUGAGUAUGACUCAUGUAGAAAGAGUUUGAAAAAUGUUUCAGAAUCCAUUAUUAGUGAUAAAAGUCAUUCAGGUAAGAACUCUGAUGAAAUUACUGCAUGUGAGAAAUUUCUUUUUGAUAAUAAUCAAGAAAAUAUUCCUACUGGGAAGAAAUCUGACGCACAUAGCCAAGACGGGAAAUCCCUCAGUCAGACUCAGGACCUUACUGAGCAACACAAAAUUCAAACUUUGGGACUACUUUUUGAAGAUGAUGAAUGUGGAGAAACCUUCCUUAAUAAGUCAGCCAUCAUUCCACCUACAAGGGCUCAAACAGAAGAGAAAUCCCCUGAUUGUACAGAACAUGGGGGAAAUAUCAGUGAUGAGUCAGCCCGCCAAGUCCUUCAGGAAACUCACACAAGGAAGAGUCACACUGAGGUCAAAGAGUGUGAGAAGUCAGCCCUCUCAAAACAUCAGAAAGUUAACAUGGAGGAGAAAACCCAAGAAUCUAAUGAAAAUGAGAAUAACUUCAGCAAGAAGUCCCAUCUCACUCAACCUCCUGCAACUCACACGGGAGAGAAAACCUUUGAAUGUAGUCACUGUGGGAAGUGUUUUUACCAGGAGUCUCACCUGACUCAGCACCAGAAGAUACACACAGGAGAGAAACCAUGUGAAAGUAAUAAAUGUGGGAAAACUUUUCAGAAAUCACAACCCACAGACCAUCCGGGAUCUCACCCAGGAGAGAAGCCUAAUGAGUGUGACACAGCCCCCGUUCUUGGCCCCUCCUGGUCAGCAGAGGACACAGAAAGGAGGCUGUAUGUGUGCAGUGAGUGCAACAAGUCUUUUCGUCAUAACUCCGCCCUCAAAGUCCAUCAGAGGAUUCACACAGGAGAGAAGCCCUAUCAGUGUACUGAGUGUGGGAAAUCCUUCUACGCAAAAUCAAACUUCAAUCAUCAUCAGAGGACUCACACGGGGGAGAAACCCUAUGAGUGUAAGGAAUGUGGGAAAUCCUUCUGUGUGAAAUCGAACUUAACUAAACAUCAGAAAACACAUACGGGGGAGACACCUUUCAAAUGCAAUGAGUGUGGGAAAAUUUUCUUACAGAAGUCACAGUUUGCUGACCAUCAGAGGACACACACAGGGGAGAGACCCUAUGGAUGUAAUGAAUGUGGGAAAUCCUUCUACUAUAAGUCAGCCCUGCACGUACACCAGGGGAAGCAUACAGAAGAGAAACCCUAUAAAUGUGCAGAUUGUGGGAAGUCCUUCUGCUAUAAAUCAGCCCUGAUUAUCCAUCAAGUAUCUCAUACAGGGAAGAAACCCUAUGAGUGUAAGGAAUGUGGGAAAACCUUCUGUGUGAAAUCAAACCUCACUAAACAUCAGAAAAUUCACACCGGUUUGAAACCUUAUGAAUGUAACGAGUGUGGCAAAGCCUUCUCCAUGAAUUCCAUCCUAAUAGUACGUCAAAGAACCCACACGGGGGAGAAACCCUAUGGAUGCAAUGAAUGCGAGAAGUCCUUCUAUAAAAAAUCAGCCCUCACUAAACAUCAGAAAACGCACACAGGGGAGAAACCACAUGAGUGUGACAAAUGUGGGAAGGCCUUCCAUAUGAAGUCAACCCUCAUCAUACACCAGAGAACUCACACUGGAGAGAAGCCCUUUAAGUGUAAUGAAUGUGAGAAGUCAUUCUAUGUGAAGUCACUUCUUAAUAUUCAUCAGAGAAAUCACACGGGAAAGAAACCCCACGUAUGUAGUGAAUGUGGGAAAGCCUUUUCCAUGAAGUCCAAUCUCAUCGAUCAUCAGAGGACACAUUCGGAAGACAAACCCUAUGAAUGUAACGAAUGUCAGAAGACCUUUCGCCAUAAGUCAACUUUAACUGUACACCAGAGGACUCACACGGGGGAGAAACCCUAUAAAUGUAAUGAAUGUGGGAAAUCCUUCUAUAUGAAAGCCCUCAGUCAACACCAGAGAAUACACACGGGGGAGAAACCUUAUGAAUGUAAGGAAUGUGGGAAAACCUUCUUCCAGAAGUCCCACCUCACUAAACAUCAGCGAACACACACAGGGGAGAAACCCUAUGAGUGUAAGGAAUGUAAAAAAACCUUCUUCCAGAAGUCACAACUCAUUGAACACCAGAGAACACACACUGGGGAGAAGCCCCACGAAUGUGACAAAUGUGGGAAAUCUUUCUGUUAUAAGUCAGCCUUAACCAUACAUCAGAGAACUCACACAGAAGAGAAACCUUAUAAAUGCAAUGAAUGUGAGAAAUCUUUCUGUAUGAAAUCACACCUCACUGUCCAUCAGAGAACUCACACAGGGAAGAACCCCUUUGAAUGUAAGGAAUGUGGGAAAACUUUUUAUGUGAAGUCAAACCUCAUUAAUCAUGAGAGAACUCACACAGGGGAAAAGCCCUAUGAGUGUAAGCGAUGUGGGAAGUCCUUCUGUAUGAAGUCGACGCUCACGGUUCACCAGCGCACACACACGGGGGAGAAGCCCUAUGAAUGUAGCAAAUGUGGGAAGUCCUUCUGCAAGAAAUCGACUCUCACAAAGCAUCAGGUAAUUCACACAAGAGAGAUACCCUAAGAUGCAGCAGAUAUGGAAAGCCCUCCUGAGCGAAGUCAAAUUUUGUCACGAGACAAAAGAACCAAGAGAACCCAGGAGAAACCUUAUGACUGUAAUAAUGUGGAGACCCCCUCCUGUGGAAAUUCAGUCUUUAACUGGCAUCAGAAGACAAGGGGGUGGGGGUUUGUGGGCUCUCUCUGGAAUGAAUGUCGGGGGGGGGUAUCCAUGUCAUACAGUACUAAAUAUCAAAGAACUCAUGUGGAGAGACAGCCCUAACAAUGUCCCGUAUAUUAGCAUCUACCUAUGAAUCUAACCUGUGUCUCAGAGAAAUCAGUCAUGGCGCUAAAAUCACAGAGUGCAACAAAAGUAUAAAAGCAUUUACAGAGUCACAGCUUACUGAUCACCAGGUAAUUGAUGCUGGAGUGGAACUAUAUAAAUGUUUUACAUACAUGAAAGCGUUCAAAGAAAAAAAUCAAACUCUGUAGAAGAAAGGAAUUAAUGUUGAGGGGAAUUCUAUCAAUUUGGAAUAGGUGGAUACAUUGUUUUUUCUGGAGAUAAUGUAGCACUAGAAGUCAUAAUUCUGACGUGGUACCAGAUUUUGAAGAUGCUCAUUGUGGGAGUAUGAGGCCUUUGGAAAAGCACAUGGCAGCAGCUGACAGCAUGAGACACUUGAGGUGCCCAAGUAAGGACGGCUUUGUACACACAUGAUGUAUGUUUGGUUUAUGUAGCAGAUGUUGAAAUUGGUGUCGGUAGGAAGUAUCUCCCCAUGGUUUAGUAAUUAUCAGGACAGAUUUCUCACACUAAAUGCCCCCAGUGUGUUUUUGUAUUUUUAUAGUACAAUAUGCAUUAUAAGUGAUACGUUUGACAAAUUUGAAGUACUAUACCCCAACAGACUGUUAAGGAAAGGGAAGUGCACAACACCAUAUAUCACGCUACAUUCAGUGUAAGAGUCGGGAAGUAACAUGCACACACACACACACACACACACACACACACACACACUCAUUUUUGCAAAGGGAAGUACUAGAAGGAUAAACCGUAAACUAAUAAAAUGAAUUGGAGGCAAGAGUGAACAUGCUAGAGUCAGGGAUGGAAGCAACAUUUCUUUCGUUACACCUUUUUAUGAAAUUUUGACUUUUGAAUAAAUGUAAAAUUAUUUACAUAUUCAAAAAUAGAAAAUAAAAGCAUUCUGAAAUUGAAAACAGAAAUCAUCUUUAUAUCGAAUUGGUAACCGCACAGAGAAAAUAAUUUUUACAAGAAACUUGUGAAUGCAGAAUUAUGACUGUAUGUUUUCAGUGGGAUAUGUUUAAGGACAAAGGCCUGCAAAAAAUUAUAAACAUGGCUCAUUAAUUUUAUUAGUAAUCCUGGUGUUAUUUUGGAUCCAGUUUUUGUAUAUUGUAAGAUAAGGCAAAAAGAAACCAUUGGAGAUACCAGAGCCCAAACCCCCAGUUUAAGAGAAGAGGUGACCAUAAAAACAAGAAUUUGUGUAAACCUUGCCAUAAUGAGAAAUAUGAACUGAAAGUAUUGCUCAUUAUUUUUUAGAAGUUGUCUAUCUCUUAGCUGUGUCCACUGAGGGUCCAGAAGCCAUGGCACUCCCCCACAGAUGAGCAGAUAUGGUGCCAGCAUUUCCCACACAAGGAACCAGGACUCCCCAGAGAGACAGCUGGUUCUAGACCUGGGCCCUGAAGUGUCCAGGAUGAGACUGGGACCUCUUGUGUCAGAAAACAAGGAAAUACUCAAAGAUUAAUGGGGAGAUGUCAGAGGUCCCAGAAGCUAGCCUGCAGGGUUUCUCCUUGGCCAAAUUUGAGGUAAUUUGAUGAUCAAACAGACUGACUAUGACUGAUGGCAACAUUCGAAUAAACAAAAAAGUCUGUCCACAGCAAUACAGAAAAAGAGAAAGGGGCUUGAGCUCAUUUCCACCAUCGGAGACAAAUCUUGCCCAAACGCCUUACUCUGUAAUUAGAAGGAAAGAAUUUCCACCCUGCCCUUUUAGUGGGCACAGUUGUGGAAAGGCUGAUUAUUACAGAAAAGUGUCCACUAAUAAAUGUAGGAGGAAUGAUAGAAUUUGAAAAAUUGCUAAUUUGUAACCCCUAGGGCAUCUAGGCAAAGAUGAUCAGUGGAUGCCAGGAUCAUUUGACACAAAGGAAACUGGGAGUUCGUGCAGUGCCAGAGAAUCUCCCACAGACAUCUUCCUCACUGACCCUGUAAAAGGUAACCUUUACAAUGGAAUGAUUGUUCACCCCCAUUCACCAGGGGUGACAUUGUGUGCCUCUUGCUGAGAUGCAGUGUGAGGUACGUACGUACGUUGCACUGGGGCAUAGUCUUGGCAGGAUAUUUAAUAUGGUUUUAAUCAAGCGUUUAGUCUUUUAGUUUACAGAAAAUAAGAAGAGAGGAACAGCUUCAGUGGAGAAAUCAAUCAGCGAAAUCUGUGGGGCAUUCACCAAGGCAACUGGCCUGAUCUCUAAAAGCCAAUGUCAUUUUUAAAAAGAGAGAAAGGGUCAGGGGGACUCUUUCAAUACAAAGAGACUAACGAGACAUAAUCAGAUGCAGUGCGUGAUCCUUGAUCGGAUCCCCAAAACAUCCAGCUCAAGAAGACAUCCACGUAUGUACUUUGGAGGCCUUGAGAGGAAUUUGAAUGUGGAAUGGUAUUCGGUAAUAUUACAGAAUUAGUUACUCUUCUGAAGUGUGAUAAUGGUGGUUAUGGAUGGGAAUCUUUCUAGGAUGCCAUGCAGAACAGAAGGGUAGGCUGUCAUGAUGUCUGCAGCUUUGAAGUACAUAAGUGCGGCUUAUGUGUACAUAAGUAGAUGAAGCAGAAAGUAGCAAGAUCUUAGUGUUGAAUGUAGUGGUCGGGACACGGGUGUCCACUCUACUUUUCUUAACAGAGCUCUGAGAAAUUUCGUUAAACCUUUUGGAGAAGUACCUCACUACUUAUCUGUUCUCUCACUCUCUUUUUGGCAUUUAUAAAUAGUGAUGCCCAUCGUUACUGAUCUGCUCUUUAAUAAAGAAGGCAAACAAUACCUUAAAAAAAAAGUGUUUGCCUGUCUUGGGUUUAGCUGAUUUAAUAAAAACACAGUCAUUAAGUGUGCAAAGGCAGGGUGCAGCUCUGUUAACAAAACAGAGUGUUUGUUACAAUGAAGACAGGCGUGUGUAGAAAAUACCCUUCUCUUUCCUGCUCCUGACAGUAUUUGGGGUGCCUACAGAUGUACAGCGACAGAGUUCUUGUGUGAGGGACCUGGGGGCCAUGUGCAUAACAGGACGCCAGAGACAGUGUCCUGUCCUUGUCUCCUUCCUCACUCAGUGUCCACACAGCAGGUCGGCAGCUGCUGAGCCCUUCCUCCUCAUGGCAGUGCCUUGGUGUGGCCUGGUUUUCCUCCCUCACCAGAGGCUGUUUGGGGCUGAGAGUCUGACCAAACACUGGCCAACAGGAUGUUUAGGGAAGUAUUUGGGGUGAUUCUUCAUUGAUGAAUCAGGGCAGAAUGGCAUUGUCCAUCUGGAUACCUGUUGAUUGCGUCUUGUGACUCAGGGCUGGAGGUCAGGGUGGUGAGCUGAGGGAGGGCAGAACCGCAGGCAGGGAGCACACGGAUGGUGAAUUCACCAGCUCGGAAGCCGCUCUGUACCCGGAAGGUGAAGGUCGUUCACAUUCCUUACACCUGUUGGACUUGAGACUUUUCUGUUCCUUGGAGCUAUAAAGCAUCCUAAUAUUGUGGAGGUAUACUUUUUUUUUUCAUUUUUAUUAU